AUGUUCUUACCCUUGCCAAGUCUGAACACUUCCAACAAUGGGCUUGGUGGCGAGCGAAACUCCUUUCUAGGCAGUAGUAUGCCUGGUUUACAUGAGGAGAGUGAAGGCCAAGUCCCAAAAUCUCAGGAGGCGCCGGAACGUGGCUACACAGAAGGACCCGUAUGCAUCUAUGACUGUGGUGUCUAUCUCUACCUUGAGCCAACGGCAGAAGAAGCCAGACAAUUCGAUACCGUAAUCAAUGUUGCAAAAGAGGUCGGAAACCCAUUCGCGACACAAUCUGCCCAAGAAGGCAGUGUUAUGUCAGUAUGGCGGGACCAGAAUCCGAGCCCUGCUUGCACUUCAAUGACAGAGCCUCAGACUGCUAUCUCAGAGUAUUCGUUCCAAUCGGCGUGGGAGUGGCAACCACCACAGAGCACCAUUACUCCGAGUGCAACAACACCAACGCAGUCGACCUUCGCCCGCAGAUCAAACGGGCCUGAGUAUGUGCACGUCCGCUGGGACCACAACUCAGAGAUAUUGGAGGAUCUGUAUCCAUUGUGCAAGUUGAUCGAUGACAGAGUAGCUGAGCACAAGAAAGUCCUUGUACAUUGCCAAUUAGGUGUAAGUCGAUCGGCUUCUCUCAUCAUUGCCUAUGGCCUGUAUAAGAAUUACCAGGCGACUUUCCAUGCCAUGUAUGGCUCGGUAAAGGAACGGAGCAAAUGGGUCGGGCCGAACAUGAGUCUCAUUUACCAAUUGACGGACUUCAAGAACAAGCUCAACAAUGGUGAUCUUGCAUCUAGCGACAAGCAAGCAAGGCCAGAGUGGUUUAUGCGAUCAUCAGGUGAGAGUCCAACGCCUACUGCCACUGUACCCGCACCUCCAGCCGUUCCGGAGAACUCAGCAAAGCAAGCACUCGAGCGAACGCCUAUUGAGAGAACGCCACGGAAGAAGCUUCCGUCGCCUCUGCUCCUAGACAAAGCUCUUCCGCCUGUACCUUUGUUCGCGCAGCACGAGCAACCCACAUCAGUGUCGUCGACUGCUAGACUGGACGACAAGCCGCUGUCAGUGGUAGAAACAGCAGCUCCAGUGAAGAAAGCUGCUCCCAGACCUCUGCCGUUCCUCGUACAAUACUUGCACCAUCAUCAACUGUUAUGGACUUAG